AUGUCAGUUAAAAUUGCAAUUAGACAUAUUUCUAAAAUCAGUACAGCACAUGGGUCAUCUGCUGUUCAUACACAUACUAUCAAAACACCAAUUGGUAUAAAAGCAGCAAUUGCAUCGUUAAAACCCAAAACUACAAGAUUGUCAAUGGAAGGACCCGUUGAAUGUGUUUUAGAAGGUUUUGCGUUAUUAAAUUCACCACAAUUCAAUAAAGGAUCCGCAUUCACUACGGAUGAAAGAGAUGCUUUCAAUUUAACUGGUUUAUUACCAUCACAAAUUAACACAUUAGAGGAACAAGUAGAGAGAGCUUAUUCUCAAUUUUGUUUUCUUAAAACACCGCUUGCCAAGAACGAUUUCUUAGUAUCCAUGAGAUUACAAAAUAAGGUACUUUAUUAUGAAUUAGUUAGACGUCAUAUUCGAGAAAUGUUACCUAUUAUAUAUACUCCAACUGAAGGAGAUGCAAUUGAAGCUUAUUCACAUAGAUUUAGAAAACCAGAAGGUUGUUUUUUAGAUAUUACUCAUCCUGAACAAAUUGAUCAAAGAUUAAGUAGUUAUGGAGAUGAUAAAGAUAUUGAUUAUAUAGUUGUUAGUGAUGGUGAGGGUAUAUUAGGAAUUGGAGAUCAAGGUGUGGGUGGUGUUAGAAUAUCAAUUGCAAAAUUAGGUUUAAUGUCAUUAUGUGCUGGUAUUCAUCCUGCUAGAGUAUUACCAAUUGUUUUAGAUGUUGGGACAAAUAACGAAAAAUUAUUAAAUGAUGAGUUAUACAUGGGUAAUAAAUUUAAUAGAAUUAGAGGUGAAAGAUAUUGGGAUUUUGCUGAUCAAUUUAUACAAGCAAUUAAGAAAAGAUUUCCAAGUGCUGUUUUACAUUGGGAAGAUUUUGGUGUAAGUACAGGAAGAACAUUAUUAUAUAAAUAUAGAGAUGAAUUACCAUCAUUUAACGAUGAUAUACAAGGCACUGGUGCUGUUGUAAUGGCUUCUAUUACUGCUGCUUUGAAAUUUUCGAAUCGUGACUUAUUAGAUUCUCAAAUAUUAAUUUAUGGUUCCGGUAGUGCUGGAUUAGGUAUUGCUGAUCAAAUCGUCAAUCAUAUGAUUUCACAUGGUGCUACGAGGGAAGAAGCAAGAGCUAAGAUACAUUGUAUGGAUAGAUAUGGUUUAAUUACUGAAGGAUUAAAAGAAGCUAGUGAAUAUCAAAAAGUAUAUGCUGAUCCAAAUUCAUUAUGGGAAGGAGUAGAUACAAAGAGUUUAGUUGCAUGUGUUGAACAUAUAAAACCAACUGUUUUAGUAGGAUGUUCUACUCAACCUAAAGCUUUCACUGAAGAAGUUAUCAAAACAAUGUAUAAAUAUAACAAACAACCAAUUGUUUUUCCAUUAUCUAAUCCAACUAGAUUACAUGAGGCUUUUCCAGUUGAUAUUAUGAAAUGGACUGAUAAUAAUGCUUUAAUUGCAACUGGUUCUCCAUUUGAACCUGUUGAUGGUUAUUAUAUUUCAGAAAAUAAUAAUUGUUUUACAUUUCCAGGUAUUGGAUUAGGUGCAGUAUUAUCUAGAACUACAACUAUCUCUGAUACAAUGAUAUCAGCAGCUGUUGAUCAAUUAGCUAGUUUAUCACCAAAAAUGAAAGAUCAAAAAUUUGGUUUAUUACCUAGAUUAGAAGAAAUAGAUGAAGUGAGUGCCAAAGUAGCAGCUGCAUUUGUAUUACAAGCAUUGAAAGAAGGUACAGCAAGAGUUGAAAAUGAAAAAAGACCAGAUGGACAGUAUGUAAAUGUCCCAAGAGAUUUUAAUGAAUGUUUACAAUGGGUAUCAUCACAAAUGUGGAAAAGUCACUAUAGACCAUAUGUUAGAGUUGAUCAUGUACCAGAAAUACAUACAUAUCAAUAUUAG